UCCGUAUAUGUAACGAUGCUCCGUGAAGAUGUAGAGUUUGCUCACGAACAUUACCAGGGUUUCGUUUUGGGGAUUUCAGAUCUGAAGCAAUUAGGGAUGGUUCGUGAUAAUAAUAAUCCCGGAAGUUCCUCAAGAUCGAGAAGGCCAUACCGUAGUUUCCCAACCAUAUUAUAUGAGAUGGUGGACGAUCCUUCAACGGAUUCAAUGAUCUCGUGGAGCGAGAGCGGCAAGAGUUUCAUCAUUUGGAAUCAACCUGAGUUUUGCAAUAAUGUUCUUCCCAAAUACAUACUAAGAAACGAUAUGUCAAUUUUCAAGACCUUCGGGUUUAGAAAAGUUGACUCUGAGCGAUGGGAAUAUGCAAAUGAUGAUUUUGUAAGAGGUAAACCUGAGCUUACGGCGGAGAUACAGAAACGGUUCAUGGCAACUGUACCUCCUGAAGUUUUUGUGUGUAAGAAUGCAGCCAAAGCAGCGAGAGACAUGGAGAGAGUCAGAGCUGUAGCAAUGGCUAUGAAGGAGAGAGCUUUAGCAAAGAAUCUAUCUAACCUCACUUUAUGAUUUCAUCACUCUUCUUCUUCUUCUUCUUUCAUUUGUUACCACCAUUUCAAUAGUGAAAGCCUCCAAGGAACAUGCACAUGAAGAGAAAUCGCAUGUGAGAAGGGGAAUUUCUAAUCCUACUUUAAGGAUCCCUUGUCCUUCAUGACCUAUCUAAUAGACCGGAUGAACAUUUCACUAAA